AUCUUGAUACUUGUGUUUAUAAUGCUGGUUGGGGGAGUAGGUUAGCGGACUGCACUGCUAAGCUUCCCUAAAGUGAAACAAAAAGACGCCGGCUCCUGCUUUGAGAGACUUAAGCAAAGCAACUGUCGGUCUUCCCGAGUCUCCGGCGAACGCAACACCGACGUAGGUGGGUAGAUCUCGUCUCCUCUCCGCUCUCAGGAGACCGAGAGAGAAGAGAGAGCGGGAUCUCUCGAUCCUUCCUCCAUGGAAGCGGCGCCUCAGUUCCUCCAGUGCGGCUUCGAGCCCUUCCGCCGCUCGCCCUUGGCGACAGCCGCCCCGCAGUGGAGGACGCUCCGACGCCGAUCAAUUCGUCUGAGAUCUAGGUCUCCACGAUCGGGAGUCUUCGCUGUGGCGACGGAGCCUACGACCGGUGGUGCCGCUUCGUCUUCUUCUUCUAAUUCUGCCUCUUCUCCUCGGUCCGCCUCGUUUGGUUCCGUCAAUGGUGCCGCCUCCAGCAGGUUUGGCAACGUGUCGGAGGAGAUAAAGAAGGUGAGAAAGCAGAUGGAGGAGGACGAACAGCUGGCCACGCUGAUGAGAGGACUUCGAGGUCAAAACCUCACUGACGUUCAGUUUGCAGAUGAGAACAUCCGGCUUCGUCUUGUCGAGGUACCAGCUGUGAACAGCAAUGAAGCAUUGCCACUUGUGUAUGAUCCUGACAUAAUUGCAUCCUACUGGGGAAAGCGCCCUAGAGCUGUUUCCACACGGAUUAUACAGCUGCUGUCUGUAGCAGGUGGCUUUCUGUCUCAUUUAGCUUGGGACUUGAUUAACAAGAAGAUCGCAGAGAAUGAGGUCGCACGGGCUAUUGAAUUAAGGGAAAUAGUAACGUCACUGGGUCCAGCUUACAUAAAACUUGGCCAAGCUUUGAGUAUUCGACCAGACAUAUUAUCACCUGCUGCAAUGACUGAACUGCAGAAGCUAUGUGAUAAGGUUCCUUCAUUUCCAGAUGAUGUUGCGAUGGCCCUUAUUGAAGAAGAACUUGGGCAGCCUUGGUGUAACAUCUACUCUGAACUGACACCAUCCCCAAUUGCUGCUGCAUCUCUGGGACAAGUUUACAAGGGUCGCCUAAAAGAAACUGGCGAGUUGGUGGCCGUCAAAGUACAGCGGCCUUUUGUUCUGGAGACUGUCACCAUAGAUCUCUUCAUUAUUCGUAAACUGGGACUGUUUUUGCGAAGAUUUCCUCAGAUCUCGAUUGAUAUUGUUGGUUUGGUGGAUGAAUGGGCUGCCCGCUUUUUUGAAGAACUUGAUUAUAUAAAUGAAGGAGAAAAUGGAACUCGCUUUGCUGAAAUGAUGAGAAAAGACCUUCCUCAGGUUGUCAUACCGAAGACUUAUCAUAAAUAUACGUCAAGAAAAGUUCUUACCACCCAGUGGAUAGAUGGAGAGAAACUAUCACAAAGUACUGAAAGUGAUGUAGGGGAACUGGUCAACGUUGGAGUGAUAUGCUACCUAAAGCAGCUACUUGAUACUGGCUUCUUUCAUGCUGAUCCUCAUCCUGGAAAUAUGAUUCGUACACCAGAUGGGAAGUUGGCUAUACUUGACUUUGGCCUCGUGACAAGAUUGACUGAUGAUCAGAAGUAUGGUAUAAUUGAAGCAAUUGCCCACCUGAUUCAUCGUGACUACAAUGAAAUUGUCAAGGACUUUGUCAAGCUUGAUUUCAUUCCUGAUGGUGUCAAUUUGGAACCAAUCUUGCCAGUGCUGGCCAAAGUUUUUGAUCAGGCACUAGAAGGAGGUGGUGCAAAAAAUAUUAACUUUCAGGAAUUAGCAUCUGAUUUGGCUCAAAUUACCUUUGAUUAUCCAUUCAGAAUACCACCAUAUUUUGCUUUAAUAAUCAGAGCAAUUGGGGUAUUAGAAGGAAUAGCACUAGUUGGAAAUCCUGACUUUGCGAUUGUAGACGAAGCAUACCCAUAUCUCGCUCAGAGACUUUUAACAGAUGAAUCCCCCAGGUUGAAGGAGGCAUUGCGGUAUAUGAUAUAUGGUAAACGCGGAGUGUUUGAUGCAGAAAGAUUCAUUGAUGUCAUGCAAGCUUUCGAGAAUUUCAUCACUGCUGCAAAAAGUGGAGGUGGUGAAAAUCUGAAUGGAAAUAUGGCUGAUCUUGGUUCUUUGCAGAGUCAACCAGGUCUUCUGGUCCCAGUAUUUCCAGCAUUAGUACCUCAGCCAGCACAGCCUGUCAAGACUAGGGCAGCCCUCACGUUUUUGCUUUCUGAAAAAGGAAACUUCUUCAGAGAAUUUAUUCUAGAUGAGGUCGUUAAAGCGAUUGAUGCAGUUUCGCGAGAGCAGUUGGUCCAAAUUGCUGCAGUUAUGGGAAUUGGGACUGCAGCUCCAGUUUUUAGUAUGGCUCCCCUGAGGCCUGCGGUUUUGCUGCCCACCAUCACAGAGGAGGACAGAGUCAUACUAAACAAUGUUGAAAAAGUUGCAAAGUUUCUAACUUCUGAAACUUCUAAAGCAUCAUCACAUCAGGGUGUUGAGAUUUCUAAUGUCAUCCAAGAACUUCUUCCUGUGUUACCAAGCAUCUCAGCAAGAGUCCUACCUGAAGUGCUGAGCCGGUUGACUUCACGUGUAUUAGCUCGGCUAAUCCGAGAAACAUUUUUGUAGUUAUUAAUGCAUAUGAACCUCACAAUAGAAAUUUUCUAAAGCUUCUCUGUAUAUAAAAAGGAAUGUCAAGAUCCACUCACUGUCUCACGUUGACUCUUACAACACAUCGUCAGUCAGUUCAGAGUGUAUCCAUCUUUCUUUUUUGUUUUUCUUUUCCUUUUAACAUGUAAAUUUUCUAAUACAUAGUGUGGUUAUUAUUUUUAUGAUGAAAAGAUCUACUAUUCCACUC